AUGGCAGCUUCCAAGCCUAAAAGAUCAGUCAAACAACCACUCAAUCCAGAUUUUGUGUAUGACUUUCCUCCUAUGGUUUUUCCUACUGAUUUUGAUCCAAAUGCGACUCCCUCGGCGGCUGCUCAGUCGGCUGCACAGGUCCCAGCGACAACGCCAGCUGUGACGGGCGCUGUGGCAAAGAAGAAAUCUACAAAAUCCGCCAACAUUCAAGACCAACUGGAGCUGGAGCGGUUAGAAAAGCAAAUCCUUCAACUGGAGUUAAAGCUUCUUUCACAGAAAGAAAAACUCGGCGCAGAAGCACUCCAAACAACACAACACAAUCUCAGCUGA